UUCUGAGUCAUGACGUAUUUACUAACAACGCCGUGCGAGUUUUCGCACGAGCGCAACAACAGCUCGGUAAUGCACUUCUUGGUCAGAUAAACCUCCCCUUGCACCUCUGCCACUGCGUCUAUUAGUUCUUUUCUCUCGGCUAACAGAAUCAUCAGACCUGUCCUUUUGGAGUGCGCAGUUAAAUUUGGGAUUUUCACCUUUCCUCUCUGAUUUGGAAAAGUUUGCAUCAGUUUUGCUGGGACUGUUCAGCUUUACAUCAUGGGGAGACCCUGUAACCGAGAGCUGGCGCUCCUGCCGCUGCUGGGAUACUUGGCUUGCUUGACAGUCGGUCACACUCGCGCGGACGUUUCUUCGGUAGGACGGGUAUUCUUAUUGGAGUUACAAAGUGCUUCAAAAGGUGGACAAGACGCUGGAUUCGAGGCAGCAACAAAUGCCUGUAUCGCUCAAGGGGCCCGGGUGGCAUCUGGGGCCGACCUGCAUCAUGCAGUUUUGGAAUGUGCUUUAUCAGCCUGCUCGCGUGGUUGGCUCUCUGGACCAAGCAUUGGGACCACGGUGUGCAGUCAAGUCGCGGGGAAUUUGAUUUCUGUUGACGUGCAGCUGGAGAAUGUAACCGGGGACAAUGAGAGACUGGGCGUGUUCUGUGUUAAAGAUAGCGAUGCUCCAUGUGGACAUCCACCUUCAUUACCAAAUUCACAUCUGCAGGGUAAAACAGGACUAGACAUAGGGGAUGAACUCCUAUAUGCCUGUAACCCCGGAUACAAACUCUCCAAUGAAGAGACAGCCUUCAGCCUUCUUUGUGAUAGCUGUGGAGAAUGGUACGGCCUGGUACAGCAUUGUGUCAUAGAUGAUCCUAAAGGCCACAUUGACUAUGAGGACUUGUUCACAGAUGACCAUCGCUUUGAGAAUCUAGGGGAGAGGCAUCAGGUUUCUGUUAUUCCAGGAGGAGCAGAGCCUACUGAUCAUGAAGAAGAGGAAUCCACUCCUGAACCAGAGUAUGUGCGGACAGCAGAGGAGGAGAUUGAAAAGGAUUCUACAGUAUCAGUGACUGAACCUCCAGUGUCUCAGCUCAGUCAGAAGCAUAUGUUCUGGUUCCCUUCAGAGGCCUUCCAGGAUGAGAAUAAGCCUCCUGUUAUCACCCCAGGUUAUUCUGUCAAAAGCCCCACCACAGACCAGAAUCACAGCCAACCGGAGCCUGACCUCAUCACAGAAGAAGAUGACCCUAACCCUGACCCUGAUUAUGACAAUGCGACAGAUCCUCCCACUAAUGUGCCCAUCAGUCCAAGUGUUGGCAGCACGGCGGACUCCUGGCUUGAUGAACACCCUGUUUACCAUGGAGAAGAUAAAACUGGUGGCGAGUCUACAGGAGAGGCAGUACCAGAACAUGGACUGGAGACAGACAGUAUGACUGACCAUUCAGAAAUGGAGGUGUUUAAGGAUACAACCAAAAGCCCAAUGGAAGAGGAGAUUGGGGGUUUGAUUGACCACUCAGAGGAGGAAGAUAUUGAAGGAUUGGCCAACAAUCCCAAGAACACAAAGUAUGAAGGCAAGAUGCACAGGAAAGGAGAGGCGGAUGAGCUUAUCAAAGGGACAACUAGACAUGAUAAUGAGGAAUCUGUUGGAGUAAAAGAGGAUCCAGUGGUAGCACAUUAUGGGGAAGCCACCGAGAAGGAUGAAAUAGGGAAAGAGAUGCCCAUACCAGAGGUAAUGGUGUCUGAAGGAGAGAUUGAUGGAUUUGAAAAGUUAGGAUUUGACAGUGUUACUGAAAGCCCAAAUGCUGCGGAGGUUGAACCCACCACCUUUGUCAGUGGUACUAAGACAACAACUAGUGCGGACGAUAUUGCUCUACACAAGAUGCCCAUUGCGUACACACCAGCAUCUGCUCCGGAGAAUGUGAGCACUAGCCAAGAGGGUUUAGGACCUGAACACACAGCUACACCUUCAGGGAUGGUAUUUCUCUAUGUUACACCUGGUUUCACUGAUGAUUUCAUUACCCAGGCCACACCCAUCAUUGAGGUUCCUUGGGAAACCAAUGACAAUGGCCACUUUCUGGAGCAUGACCCCAACCAUGGCACGACAGAAAUCCCUGAAAAUAGUGAGAUGGAAAGAGGCGGAGAUCACAGCCUGGACCAACACGAACGGGCUAGAGAAGGUACUUGUGCAGAAGAGCCGUGUCAUGUAUCCGGCCAUGGACCAGUGAUUGCAGCCAUUAUCGUUGGCAUAGUAGCAGCAUUGGUAGGUGUGUUCUUGGGGGUAUGUUGUUACAAAAAGAGGCUACAAAAGAGCUCCCACUACCAACUCAAUGGAACUAACAUGCAAGCACAGUGCAUUGAAUUACAACAGACUGUGUGAUUACCAUGCACAUCCUCACAAACCCACACAGCUUACACAAACAUCAAUAAAAAGCCAUUUAUGUGUGAACAUUACAGUCUUCACCCAUAUUAACACAAAAAGAUUCAACAAUCCUUCACCACACAAAGUUGUUGGAUAGGAUUGUUUAGUGCUUAUGUAGGUAAUGUUUCUGUUUUUUCAUGUUUUCUUUUUCAUUGUAUUUUCAAUGUAUUGUGUUGAUGAUAAUUGACACCUCAUAAUCUCUAAAUUGGGUGUGAUGGCUCUAAAUGUCUUUUGUUAUUUUGGAUGGACUGCAUUGGACUGCGAGCCAGUGCAUUUGUGUGCACAGUGCCCGUAUGUCCUUGUUAAUUGAUUAGUACAUGUUUUUUAGCUUUGUCCAUUUGUGAGUGAAUGUGCGUAAGUACGUGUGAUUGACUGUGACUGUCUAUGUGUAUGUGUGUGUAGGUAUGAAAGAGAGAGAGAAAGAGAGAAAAAGAGAUUGUGGUUUAACAUAGCAUUCUGUGCAUGAUAUUGAACGUUUCUAACUCUCACAGACAGGUGAGACAUUCUGGUCAGAGGAACUGAGGGUGAAUUCUGAUUGGCUCACAUUUUUGCCUAGAGCUUGCAGAAUAAAUAACUUUGUCAUUCUCAAUUAGGAAACUGAAAAUGGAGGUUUCAAAUUUAAACAGAUUAGUGUGGAAGUGGUCUAACAGUUCAUGAUAGCAUUGAAGUAUACUUAGAUUUAAAGGAAAUUUAAGAACAGGUCAUAAAUGUAUAUUUUAUAUGUCUUCAAGCCAGAAUUAAUCUCCUCACUGAGGUUUCAAAUUAAAUGUAGAAUAAUGCAUUAUUAUACUUUCCCCCAGGGCCGGAUCCCUAUGCCCCCACCCCAAGUCCAAGUGAAGCAAAUGGUUGAAUUGUAUCAUAAUGGCAAUAACCCUAACAAUAUGUGCUGGAACUAAAGACACCUGUCAAUACCCCUCUGUUAUAUGUUAUUGCCCCCCCUAAUGUAACCAUUCUAGAUCCUGGCCUGCGUUCCCCCAAAUGUUUCCUCAAUGUUAAAAACAAAUAUUUUGUCCCUGAAAGUAAUGAUCUUCAAUCAUUAAUCACCUCAAAUUAAAUUUAUAAGGGAUAUUUAUAUCAGAUGUGUAUUAUAAAGAUAAAAAAUAUUAUUUUAGUACUUUUGACAUUUUAGAACCAGUUAAUUAAUACAAAACAGAAACCACAUAUACACAAUAACUAUUGUCAGUGUUUAAUUGCUGUAAUGAAAAUGUUUAUGGGGGGAGAUCUACUGAAGUAUAGUAUGGUUAUUUGUUUUUUCAAUGUGUUGUUAUUAACAUAGUCUAGAGGAUCAAUAGAGUGUCUUACAUUUUAUUAUAAAUGAAAAAGUAAAGUAAGACUGGAGUGUAGUAUGUUUUAUUUCUAGAACUGUGCAGCUGAUGUUAUAUGAGCUUUAUUUUUUAUUGUAGAAUAUACACAGUGUGUUCUCUGACAUAACUCUCUGUUAAGGUCAGUAUAGAUUUAUUGACUUACAAAUCAAUACUCAGAUCAUAACAGAAUAUCAAAAUUGUGGCAUAGGACAUCAUUUCAUAUCAUUGCAAAUUUCUGGUGUGCCAUUUCUAGUAGAUUUGAUGCUAAUAAUUUUGAAGCAUUAAAAGUUUAGAUCAAGAAAUCAGUUUCAGUUGGCUUUUGUGCUGGUUGACGAUAUUAGGUGAUUUUUAUUGUUUUUAAGCUUUGGGAAUUUUUUUUUAAAUGUUAGGAAAACUAGCCCAAAUGAAUGCUUUUCUACUUGAAGUAUCAAAUACUGUAGAUACUUCAUUACCAUUGUGGGGCACUGGUGGCAAUUGGAACUAUGUGCGCUGAAAUCUUCUCAAAGUCGUUUUUUCUGAAUUGUAAAGUGUUUCAUUGUGAUAUGAAAUUGUCUCUGAAUACAGUUCUUGAGUGAAUAAGUAAAAUGUAGUCAUCUUUGAUCUGUUCAUUGCAUUAAAAGUUAAAACUGCUUGGUAAUAUCACCCAUUACACUGUAACAAUGUCACAGUAAAUGUGACAUGAGGGUAUCCGAGUAAACAUAGCUGUGGAAAACUAACUGAACAUUAACAAAUAAAUUACUCUGGGUAAAGGAGCUUUAGUCUUUCUUGGUGUCAACAUUGUCGUGGGAGCUAAAGUAAGCUUAAAAAAAAUGUCCUUCCUAAGAUAAGACUGCAAACAUUUGCAUAGUGUGGCUAGGUGUCUCUGUAUGUGUGUAAGGUCUGUAAGGCCAGCAGGGAUAAACCUUAUAACAUGAAAGAGAGACGAGUCAUGUAUGGACUAUUUGAAUUGUAGUUUUGUUUUCGGUCUAUUCUGUUAUUUUUAGGCAGCAAAAAAUAAAUAAAUCACUGCAUACAAUCACUCACA